GCGUAAAAGUGGCGUGGUAUUUUUUUGGUAUUUUCUUGAGCCUCUUUGGUCACACUCUAGGCCACCAUAUGACUUUUUCCAGACGCGAAGGAUUAGACAAUUUCAGAAUAGUUUCAAAUACACAUAACUGCAUCGCCCCAAUGUUGUAGCAAGGCUUAAAAUGGCGGGCCUCGAGGUUGAAUUCGACGAGACAGUGGUCAAUCAGUUUAGCUGCAAGCGUUGCGACCGCACGUUUAAGAGCAAGCGCGACCAGACCAUUCACCGCCAGGAGGUACAUAAUCACAACAAAACUACCUAUGAAUGCAAGCUGUGUGCAAAGAGUUUUUGCAACUCGGGCAACCUCGAUCGCCACAUGAAAGUGCACAACGAUGUGCGUCCGUUUGUGUGCAACAUAUGCUCGAAGGCGUUUGCCCAGGCGGUGAACCUGCAGCGCCACUUUGCGGUCCACAGUGGCGAGCGGCCGUUCACGUGCAACUUCUGCAACAAGUCCUUCACGCAGCAGAGCAACAUGAAGCGCCACAAAAUGACACACACCGGCGAGAAGCCGUUCCGCUGUCAGCGGUGUGGCCGCUACUUCUCCCAGCUCGUGAACCUCAAGAAGCACAAGCUCGGACACCUCAACGCCAAGCCCUACCAGUGCAAUUACUGUGAAAAGGGCUUCACCCAGCUCUCAAACUUCAAGCGGCACCUGCAGUCGCACAUCAAGGAGGGCGUGGACGUGGAUGUGCCCGCCUCGAUUCAAGCGGCGGCAGCACUGGCGCGGGAACGGCUCGAGACGGAGCAGAAACCGAGUUUCUUUGAGUGCAUGGUUUGUCGAGCUAUUUUCGAUACGUUCUCGGACUACGAGAAGCACGAGAGCAAGUGCCAUGAGGAUAAUGAACGGGCCACGCUGGAGGUCAAUCAAAUGACCCACAUGCAUCCCGAUGACUAUUUGCCCAUGAAGUUCGCUGUGCCCGAUCUGGACACGCACGAGAUCAUUAUCGAGACUACACAUUAGACUCACACACACACCCUACACCCUACACCCUACACCCACACCGACACAUACAAAAUAGCGCGCGGCUGGAGAGUUGUAAAAAAACACAAUUGUAUGAAUUAUUCAUAUUCAUAGUACUAAAUACGCCAGCAAUAAAUGCAGUAAACAUAAUUAA